UUGAAACAUUCGUUGGUGAGAUCUGUUCUUUCCUUUCUACUCUUCUCUCCUACAAAGAGAGGUUGGAAGCUCUAAUCUUUUUUCUUUGAUUUGUGGGCGGGGGGAGGAAGAUAGGUAGAUUUUUUUGUCCCACAGAUCUGGCAAUCUUUAUCAACAGAUUGCUUUUGCGGAAUGAUUAGAAAAUGGGGAAGAAAAGCAACUGGUUUAUUGCAGUGAAGAAAGCUUUCAGCCCUGAAUCCAAGGAGAAGAAAGACAAGAGAAGCAAUAAAUCUAAGAAAUGGUUUGGAAAAGAACAUCAUCAGGAUCCCAUUGCUUUCUCCUUGGAAACUGUCACUGCAUCACCUCCAGCUCCUUCUACUCCUCAGCUUCCUCCUCCUCCACCACCACCUUCUCAUCCUCGGCUUCCUUCUGAGGAAUUGAAACUUACCGAAGCAGAGAAUGAACAGAACAAACAUGCUUAUUCUGUUGCCCUUGCCACUGCUGCGGCAGCUGAGGCUGCAGUUGCUGCUGCUCAGGCUGCCGCCGAGAUUGUUCGUCUCACAACUGCGGCUCGGUUCUCUGGUAAAUCAAAGGAGGAAGUGGCUGCUAUCAAGAUUCAAACUGCAUUCAGAGGAUACUUGGCAAGGAGAGCUUUGCGGGCUUUGAGAGGGUUGGUUAGGUUAAAGUCGCUUAUUGAUGGACAUGCUGUCAAACGCCAAGCCACAACUACCUUGCGGUCUAUGCAGACCCUAGCUCGUGUGCAGUCUCAGAUUCGUGCAAGGAGGAUCAGGAUGUUAGAGGAGAACCAAGCUCUUCAGAGGCAGCUCCAACAAAAACGUGAGAAGGAACUAGCGAGAGCUGCUAUGGCUGAGGAAUGGGAUGACAGUGUGCAAUCCAAGGAACAAGUUGAAGCAAAUCUAGUGAACAGACAAGACGCUGCCAUGAGAAGAGAAAGAGCUCUUGCUUAUGCAUACACUCGCCAGCAAAUGUGGAAGAAUUCUUCACGAUCGGCAAAUCCAACUUUCAUGGACCCUAACAAUCCUCACUGGGGAUGGAGUUGGUUAGAGCGAUGGAUGGCAGCCCGGCCAUGGGAGAGUAAAAGCAUGACAGAGAAAGAAUUUAAUGACCAUUCCUCUGUGAAGAGUGUAAGCCGGAGUGUUGGAGGAGAAAUCAGCAAAGCUUAUGCACGCCGUGAACUCAAUGCAGAGAAGCCUUCCCCAACAGCCCCAAAACCCAGCCAGCCUCCCAGCCACCAAUCUCCAUCAACUCCCCCCUCCAAAGCAGCAUCUUCAUCACCAGCUGCUGGGAAAUUGAAGGCAGCAAGUCCAAGAGUGAAUGCAGCAAGUCCAAGAGGGAAUACAGCAAGUCCACGAGGGAGUGCAGCAAGUCCGAGAGGGAAUAUGUGGAUCCAGGAUUAUGACUCAAGGAGCAUGUUGAGCAUGCAAUCAGAGCGGCCUCGGAGGCAUAGCAUUGCAAGUUCAUCGAUGAGGGAUGACGAGAGCCUGGCAAGUUCUCCAUCUGUUCCAAGCUACAUGGCACCCACUAAGUCCGCGAGGGCCAAGUCCGCUAAGGCCCGGUUGCAUAGUCCACUGGCAGUAGAAAACAAUGGGACCCCAGAGAGGGGAUUGACAGGGUCCACAAAGAAGAGAUUGUCUUUCUCAGUUUCCCCGGCUGGGUCUAGGCGGCAUUCAGGCCCACCCAAGGUGGACAGUAGCUCCGGUAAGGGCUCAGGUAAGAAUACAGGGCAUGUUGCAAGCAAUGGUGGGUAGGUAGCCUGGCACCUGAUCAAAAGGGAGCCAAAGAUGAUGGAAAUUUAUGGGGUUGAAGAUGUCCAAAUAAGAAAAGAGGAAGCAGAUGGUUGUAGUCUGUCUUCUACCAUUUUCAGAGCUCUUAUUCAUUAUCUAGUAGAGAUCGGUUUCACUGAAUUUAAUCUCUUGGUAGCAUCAACCCGGGGGGGGGGGGGGGGUGGUGGUGGAAGGAAUUUAGUCUCUUGGGUUCUUAUUUAAAUUUUUUACGGUUACCUCUUUGUGAAGAUUGCAACCCUAUUUCUUUCUUCUAGUUUCUGAGCCUCCCCUGGGGGGAUUGGAUGCUUAUGAGAUCAGAUAAGAUGAAGCCAACUCAUUGUAUUGAUUAUGACUCCAAUGAAUGAUUGUGAUUUCUCC